GAGCUAGCUGUCGCUUUUUAAUCCAGUCGUGAAAAUCAGAGUGAGCAAUGGCGGAGGACAGCGGCAGCAAGAAAAUCACGAUUACCGUGAAAACUCCGAAGGAUAAGAAAUCCAUCUUGAUCGAGGAAGAUGCGGAAAUCAAGGAGCUUCGGGCAACUGUUGCCGAACAGUUCGAAUCGGAUCCGGACUUGGUGUGUCUGAUUUUCGCCGGGAAGAUCAUGAAGGACACGGACACUUUGAAGACCCACAACAUAAAGGACGGUCUUACGGUGCAUUUGGUCAUUAAAGCGGCUCCGAAAAGCGAACCGGAAGGUCCUCGGAGGGCACCGGCCGAUGUUAGCCAAACUCCUUUCGGGUUGAAUCAGCUGGGCGGCUUGAGUGCUCUCGGUGCACUUGGCGGCAAUCAGACCAACUUCAUGGAUCUCCAGUCGCGAAUGCAGCAUGAACUGCUCGGCAAUCCGGAAUUGAUGCGCACUGUGCUGGACAAUCCGCUCGUGCAGCAGAUGAUGAACAAUCCGGACACGAUGCGUCAGAUUAUCACUUCGAACCCGCAGAUGCAGGAUCUGAUGCAGAGGAAUCCGGAAAUCUCGCACAUGCUGAACAAUCCGGAACUGCUGCGCCAGACCAUGGAACUGGCUCGCAAUCCAUCGAUGUUGCAGGAACUGAUGAGGUCCCAUGAUCGUGCCAUGUCCAACUUGGAAAGCGUUCCGGGAGGGUACAGCGCUUUGCAGCGGAUCUAUCGGGACAUCCAGGAGCCGAUGCUGAAUGCCACCUCCAGGAAUCCAUUUUCCGGAACAUCCGAUUCCGGUAGCGCAGAAAAUCCUCAACAAGGAUCGGAGAAUCGUAGCCCACUACCGAACCCUUGGGGUGGCAAUCAAAGCGAAGGCGCGCGCUCAGACAAUCCACCGCCGAAUAUCUUGAAUACACCAACUAUGCAGAGUUUACUCCAGCAAAUGGGCGACAAUCCGUCGCUAAUGUCCAACAUGAUGAGUGCUCCUUACACGCGCAAUAUGUUGGAAGCAUUGUCUGCUGAUCCGAAUAUGGCCGCUAAUUUGAUGAGUCAAAAUCCGCUGCUGGCCAAUAAUCCUGCACUGCAAGAGCAAAUGCGAACCAUGAUGCCGCAGUUCUUGCAACAGCUCCAGAAUCCGGAAAUGCAGCAAAUGAUGUCCAACCCGCAGGCGAUUGAGGCCAUUUUGCAGAUUCAACAAGGCAUGGAACAGCUGCGUUCCGUCGCUCCGGGUCUCGUCAACAAUAUGGGAAUUCCACCGCCGCCACCGGGCGCUCCAACGACCACCUCGGCCAGCUCAGGAACUACGAACACCAACACGACGGCAUCGAAUCCGGCGCUGUUUUCCGAUUUUAUGUCGCGGAUGAUCAACGGAAUGGCCACGGGCUCGAAUACGAAUUUACCCCCGGAGGAACGCUACCGAUCGCAACUGGAGCAGCUCGCGUCGAUGGGAUUCGUCAACCGCGAAGCCAAUCUACAAGCUCUGAUUGCAUCGUUCGGUGACAUCAACGGGGCUGUCGAAAGGCUUUUAGCCCUUGGGCAGCUGUCGCUGAGUUAACGCGCUUAGAGAUGAUGCACGACGCGGAAUACCUACAGCUAUACAUUUUUAAUACUUUCCUACUUUGACUAGACGGUAACAAACAAACAAAAAUAUGAAAAAGCAAAAAAAUGAUUGUAAAAUUAGGUAUCCUUCGUAUGAUAAACAAAAGAAUUGUAAAGUCAACUUUAAACUCUACUCUAGAUAACUUUUAUGAUGGAAUUGUCCUCCGGCAGUGACGAGACUGAGAACUGUGUGGAUCAGUUUUCCAGUAUUGAAUCAGCGAUUUUCUUAGUCAAUAGUUGCGGGAGUGCCAUUCCACUGAUUGUUUGUAACACUUCGUAUAUGUAGAUUUGCGUGUGUUGAGGCGCGGUGUCUGAAAAAUGAAAGAAUUGAACAAGAAAAUGGUCUGAAUAGGAUGCAAAGCAUGGGAUUCUUACUCUAAAUCUAUACAUUACCCAAUAUACAUGUUGACGUAUGAAAAGAUAAAUGCGAAUUACGAUGCAUACAUUGUAGUAGUGAAGCGAAAGCAAGUAGAAGAACUGUGAACCGAACACUAAAUAAACUAUUUUAGUCAGUUACAACA